AUGAUACUCAUGGUGAUAAUUUUCCUGCUGCUUCUGUUCUGGGAACAUGAGUUGAAUGGGGAUGCAGCGGCAGUAACCUUAGAGCACUUGCACGUGGACUACCCUCAGAGUGACGUUCCUAUAAGGUACUGCAACCACAUGAUCAUACAACGAGUCAUCAAGGAACCCAACAACUCCUGCAAAAAGGAGCAUAUCUUCAUCCAUGAGAGGCCUCGAUAUAUCAAUAGUGUUUGCAAUUCUCUCAAGAGGGUGGCUUGUCAAAACCAUUCCGCCCUUCUAUGCUUCCAGAGUGAGACCAAGUUCAAAAUGACAGUCUGUAAGCUCACCGAAGGGACCAGAUAUCCUGCCUGCGGGUACCACAUUUCCCCCACAGAGGGGUUUAUUGUUGUCACUUGUGAUGACAUCGGGCCAGUUAAUAUCCAGAGGUAUGUUGAAUAA